ACCCCAAUUUAACCUGACCUAACCUAAGAAUGCUAAACUAACCCAAACUGACUCUCAUCCCAUGUCUAUCAAGUGUAUGUAGCACAGGAUAGUCUCCCCAGAAAGGGCUAAUAUUUCUUUCCCAGGAGGUGAAGGGGAGACUGAGCUGAUGUAAUAGGGUGAUGUAAUAGUCUGUGGUGCUUGCAAUACAUCCUAACCAGCCCCUUUAAACAUUCCAGAAGAAGAGGAAAAGGGAAAUCAAGCUGUGAAUACUAAUAAGGAGGAAUACCAGGAGUCAGAGGAAGGAGAAAGUCUGAGUUCUGAGCCGAAGGUUUGCUGGCCUAUAUUAUCACCAUUACUCUGCCUGUGAGGGUGUUAUGUACAAGAAGCACCUGGAAUGUCUCACAGCCUUAUGGAACGGGCCAAGGCGAUGGAGCUCCCAAUACGCCUUCGUGCCCAAACACCAGCCAUGCGAGGACGCCGUGCUCUCGCAGCUGCAGGAGUUCCUCUAUGACACCAAGCGGCUGUUUGUCCUGACCGGGGCCGGGAUUUCCACAGAGAGCGGCAUCCCUGAUUAUCGGUCCGAAGGUGUUGGACUGUAUGCCACCUCGGACCGGAGACCUAUUCAGUAUAAGACCUUCAUGGAGAGCAGUAAGGCACGGCAGAGGUACUGGGCCAGAAACUACGUCGGGUGGCCACGCUUCUCCUCGGUGAACCCCAACGCGGCCCACAAGCACCUCGCAGCAUGGGAGAAGCAGGGGAAGAUGGCCUGUGUGGUGACGCAGAAUGUGGAUCGUCUCCACCACAAGGCAGGGACGUCUGUGGUUCAUGAACUGCACGGUUCGGCCUUCACCGUGAUCUGCAUGAGCUGUCGACGGCAGGUGGUGCGGCACAGCUUCCAGACACGCCUCACCCGGCUCAACCCGUACCUCUCUGUCAAGCCUGCAGAGAUACGACCUGACGGGGAUGUGGAUUUGACUGAUGAGGAGGUCAAUAGCUUCCAAGUCCCCUCCUGUGAGAGCUGUGGCGGCAUCCUGAAACCCCACCUUGUGUUUUUCGGGGAGAGCGUGCCGAGGGAGCGCGUGGAGAGGGUCAAGAGGCAACUGGCGGAGUGUGACGGGCUGCUGGUAUUGGGGUCAUCCCUCUACGUCUACUCAGGCUACAGGUUCAUCUUGGCGGGAGCGGAGCUGGGGCUGAGGAUGUGUGCCGUCAACAUUGGACCUACCCGCGGCGACCCUCACUUCCUCAUAAAGGUGAAUGCUCGGUGCGGCGACGUUUUGCCUCGCCUCCAGUUAUGACGCAGAGAACCUACCAUUGUAACCUUCCCGUGAUGUGUUGGGUUGUUUUGGAUUUUAUCGUGUUCAAAAGUCUACAGUAUUUGAAGCAUGUAUAAGAUCAGUGUCGCUAUGUAGCUCUUAGACAUGGGUUAAUGAAGUUGGAGGAUGUGUUACUUGGUUGUGAUCAGGGAUUAUCGAGGUAUAUGGAGAGAUGGGGUGUCCAGUGAGGAGGUGGUGAGAAGAUGUGGGUUAAAGGAGCUGAGUACAGUGCUGAGUGUAUGGAGAUUCGGGUGGUUUGGGCAUGUGAAGAGGCGGGUGGUUGGUGAGGCUUUAGGGAGAGUUCUUGGGAUGGAAGUGCUAGGUCGCCACCCACCAGGCAGGCCAAGGAAGGCACAGAGGCAGUGUGUUGGAGAGGGUUUAGCAGCAUUGGGCAUUGGAGAGGCUGAGGCUGAGGCAGUGGACAGAAAUAGUUGGGAGUGUAUUGCUGUCACUACUUUGUGAAACUGAAUUGAGGUGUGUUACCAGCUUAGUCUGUGAACACCAACCCCGGCUGUAUGGGCACACUGCAUGCCUCCCAGAUGGUGAUCCUGCUCAUAGGGUUGUUUCAGUGCAAGACAACCCUAAAUGGAAGAGGUCAAAGGGGCACCCAUGCAACUCAUGGCUGGGACGAGUCGAAUGAUCCUGCCACAAGGGGCUUGAGGUGACUAGGGCAGCUGUGUGGGGUCUUCCUCAGGCUGACUGUCGGGAAUGGAUGCGGCGAGUGAAAGAAAUUACACAGCCCAUGGUGUAUGCUCCCCAUUUUAUAUAUGUAUAUAUAUGUAUAUACACACAUGUAUGAAUAAAUAUUGAUUAAUUAAUAUA